UGAUAUUUGUCGGAUCUUCCCUCAUUCUUUGUAAUAUUUUAAAUAUGAAUCUUAGCUGAGAUCCACGGAAAUUUCUAACCGAUAAAAAUGGGCUCUUUGGGAUCAGAUGCAUUAAAAUCAUUCGAUAAAUUAACAGCUGCAGCCAAAAAAUAAUAUUUUGAAUAUAAUUAGUAUUAUUAUUAUUAUCGGUUUUGGUUACAAAUAGUUCCUACCAUCAGCAGCGCAAGAGUUAUUUUCUACCGGCAGAAAUCCAGGCCCUGGCCGAAAAUGAAGACUGCAGUGACAAAAUCUAUUUAAAUAGCAUGAAGAAAUAUGCACAUAUGUAUUUAAAACAUGGCAUACUACAGAUGAAGUUUUAUCUUGUGGAGAUGAUCAUGAAGUUCUAGUCUGGAAUUUAGUAACCAAUGAAACAACCAAAUUACUAACAUUGGCCAAUGAUCUAUUCCCAACUGAUAUGCAUAUAUUUCCGAGAACUUCAAGUGCUAGUGGCAUUAAAAAGCAGAUUGGAGGAGAUAUGUUCAUUAUAACUACUACAGAUGGAAAAUUUCAUCUUAUUAAUAGAACUGGAAGAAUUGAAAAAAGUGUGGAAGCACACAGAGGAGCUGUUUUGGCUGGUCGUUGGAGUCAUGAUGGAACAGCUUUUGUUACUGCUGGUGAAGAUGGUCAGAUUAAAAUAUGGUCUCGAAGUGGUAUGCUGAGGUCAACAUUAGCUUCAAAUAGUUUUCCAAUCUAUUCUAUAGCUUGGGGCCCAAAUUCAGAUCAAGUUCUGCAUACUCUGAACCACCAACUGGUGAUCAAGCCUCUUCAACCAAAUUCUAAACCUCUACAAUGGAAAGCUCAUGAAGGCCUUAUUCUAAAAGUUGCUUGGAAUCCAAGUAAUAAUCUUAUUAUCUCUGGUGGAGAGGAUUGCAAAUAUAAGGUUUGGGAUUCCUAUGGGCGAAUUCUAUAUAGUAGUCAUACUAAUGAUUAUCCAAUAACAUCUCUCGCAUGGUCACCCAAUGGAGAAAUGUUUUGCAUUGGUUCCUUCAAUUCUUUACGUUUAUGUGAUCAAACAGGGUGGUCUCACAGUUUAGACAAACCAGAAACACAAAGCAUUUUUUGCUUAGAAUGGUCAUCUGAUGGUACACAAGUUGCUGGAAGUUGUGGUAAUGGUCAUGUUAUUUUUGCACAUGUUGUUGAAAGGCGUUUAGAAUGGAAGCAUUUUGAAGCUACAGUGCGGGGAAGAAAAACAAUUGCUGUACAAAAUGUUAGCAAUGAUUUAAUGGAAAAUCUGGACUUUCGAGAUAAUAUCAUCAAAGUUUCUUUUGAAUAUAACCACUUAAUUGUUGUAACGUCUACACAGUGUUAUAUUUAUAGUACCAAAAACUGGAACACACCACUUAUUUUUGAUUUGAAAGAAGGAAAUGUUUCUCUUGUUGUUCAAGCUGAAAAGCAUUUUUUGUUUGUUGAUGGUCAAGGUUUGUACAUAUAUAAUUAUGAGGGUCGCCCUGUAAGCACACCUAAGUGGCCUGGAAUGCGUACAGAUUAUCUCAAUGAAUCAACAGUAACACUGAGUAAUGACUCUGUAGCUAUAAGAAAUAAAGGAGAUGAAAAAGUUGUUCACAUUUUUGAUGUUGUGACUGGGAAGUACAUUCCUGAUGGAAAACCAUUUGCUCACAAAAUGGAAGUUCUUGAAGUAGCACUUGAUCAGUGUGGUCCUGCAAGCAGUCGCCGCUUAGCAUUUGUUGAUAAAAAUAGAGAUUUGCAUCUUCUAAACAUCAGAGUUUCUCCAAAUGCUGCUAAAAGAAUAAUGAAACUUGGUGUAAUGAUGCAUUCUAUUAAAUGGAAUGAUAAUUCAAAUAUGUUGUCUGCAUUGCAAGAUGGAAAACUGAUUAUUUUCUACUACCCAGCUGUUGUCUUUAUUGAUAAAAAUCUAUUAUCCCUUACUGUUAUGCAAAAAGAUGACAGUGAUUUUGGUAAAAAUCCAAAGAUAGUAAGCUUUGUUGGGAACCAUAUCAGUAUUAGAAGAGCUGAUGGAUCACUUGUGUCUUCUGCUGUCUCACCAUAUCCUUCUGUGCUUCAUGGAUAUGUUUCAUCGCACAGAUGGGAUGAUGCAGUUAGGCUUUGUAGAUAUAUUAAAGAUGAAGCUUUAUGGGCUUGUUUAGCUGGUAUGUCCAUUUCAUCCAAAGAUCUGAAGACAGCAGAAAUAGCAUAUGCUGCCAUUAAAGAGGUAAAUUAA